AUGAAUUCGUUACUGCGACUCUCCAUUACAGAAUUCUGGUUUGACCCCCGCAAAAAAGAAUCUGAAAUGACCGUGAGAUGCAGCGGAAGGUGUUAUUACAUAGUUAUGCUGCCUGAUAAGUUCCGCGACUCUCCCGCCAUUUUAAAACAAUAUCUUCGAGAUGCCGAACUGAAUGCGGAUAAACGAGAGCAUUACACCCUCUACGACUAUCUGAAUUCAGAGACAUUUCACUAUUCACUUCUAGCAAUCAACGACACCCUCAUCUCUUGUCCAGAAGAACCAGUUUUAUCACAACAAAGACCACAUGGAGCCGACCUGCAGGGCUAUGAACUCGGCGCAGUGUGCCACUCAUAUCAGCCAAUGCAAGUACAAAUUUGUUCCGAUCAUCCUAACUCUGAGGGUGUGCUCAUUGAGCUCCCUGAGAAGGUGCUCGUGGAUUGGAGGAUCUGCUUCUUUAAGCCAUUUGGCGGCGGAGAGAGGAGGAGCGCUCUCCGUGAGCUCGAAUGCUAUAAGCGCAUAGGGGACUUGCAAUGCAGUGUGAUGGUGCAGGUUCCUGCCUUGUGUGGCGCUGUUCAGGACAACUCGCGGUGUUUGGGGCUGUUGCUCUCUUGGGUUGACUGUCGCCGCAUAACAUUGGAAUGCGCCCUGCGCCCCAGCACACCAAGAGCUCAAAGGCAGAGGUGGGCGAACCAACUGACAACCACACUGCACCAUUUACAUAAUGCUGGGAUUAUCUGGGGUGAUGCGAAGCCGGCGAAUGUUCUGGUUGACUCCAAUGAUGAUUUAUGGAUCAUUGACUUUGGAGGUGGAUAUACUCGAGGCUGGGUCGAGAAGGAUAAAGCAGGGACCAUCGAGGGUGACAAUGACGGUCUAAUGAAGAUUAAGGAUUGUCUUUUGCGAUAA